AUGCUGAAUCGCUCGGGCCACGGUUUCCUCUGUCCAGGCUUCGGGGCUCUAUGUCUGUUCAAGGCAAGACACCCGCUGCCGGCUGACAUCCCGAUUGUGGUGUUUGUCAGCGCGCACAGUCAUCCAGACUGCGUGUCAUCGUCUGCGAUAUCAAAGGUGAUCCGCCAGGCGCCGGUGGAGCUUGGCGAUGAUCCGGCAGACUUUAGUCCGCACUCACUGAGAGCCGGCGGAGCGUCACACAUGUAG